AUGGAAGCAACAAGUGCACAAUUAAAUAAUCCUUUUAGUGUUUUUGUUUCAUCAAAUAAUGAAGUUUUUAUUGCUGACUAUAGCAAUCAAAGCAUUAGAAAAGUAUUACAAAAUGGAAAUAUUGUAACAAUAGCUGGAAAUGGAGAUAAAGGAUUUAGUGGUGAUAAUUGUCUAGCAACAAGUGCACAAUUAAAUAAUCCUAUUGGUGUUUUUGUUUCAUCAAUAAUGAAAAAGAUUUUACAAAAUGGAACUAUUGUAACAAUUGCUGGAAAUGGAAAACCUGGAUUCGGUGGUGAUAAUGGCCUAGCAACAAAUGCACAGUUGAAUUACCCUAGAAAUGUAUAUGUUUCAUCAAAUAAUGAAGUUUAUAUUGCUGACUUUUGUAAUCAAAGAAUUAGAAAAGUAUUACAAAAUGGAAAUAUUAUAACAAUAGCUGGAAAUGGAACUAAAGGAUUUAGUGGUGAUAAUGGUCCUGCAACAAAUGCACAAUUAAAUGGUCCUGCAGGCGUUUUUGUUUCAAAUAAUGAAGUCUAUAUUGCUGACUAUAGUAAUCAUGUAAUUAGAAAGAUUUCACAAAAUGGAACUAUUGUAACUAUAGCUGGAAAUGGAAAACCUGGAUUCAGUGGUGAUAAUGGACUUGCAACAAAUGCACAAUUAUAUAAUCCUUCAGGCACUUUUGUUUCAUCGAACAAUGAAGUUUAUAUUUCUGAUUGUUUUAAUCAUGUAAUUAGAAAGAUUUUACAAAAUGGAACUAUUGUAACAAUUGCUGGAAAUGGGAAAGGAGGAUUCAGUGGUGAUAAUGGCCUUGCAACAAAUGCACAAUUAUAUAGUCCUUUAGGUGUUUUUGUUUCAUCAAAUAAUGAAGUUUAUAUAUCUGACUGUUUUAAUCAUAGAAUUAGAAAGGUAUUACAUAAUGGAAAUAUUGUAACAAUAGCUGGAAAUGGAACACCUGGAUUCAGUGGAGAUUCUCCAUUUGAUAUUUCACUCUAUCCUCAUUUCGGAAAUAGUAGCUCUUUAACUAGAAGAAUAGAAUUUCAUAGUUUGAAAAAAUAUUCAAGAGAUCAAUUAUUUGGAUUGGAAAUUUAUGGAUUCAUGCCACUAAUUGAAAGAAUAUCAAUUCAAUUCAGUCAAAUUCUGAAAAAUGAAAAGAUAAUUUGGUCAAUGAAUGCUUCACAACGUGCAAUUAUUCAAAAACUAAUUAAUUCUCUCAUAUAUGAUAAUAAUCAAUUGAAUUUUACAAAGAAUGAACUAUUAGAUGUAUUAUUUAUUUUAGGAUUAUUUAAAAAUGGCGAAUUUAUUGAGCUUAAAAGAUCAUUGACAAGUGAUUUUAUUAAUUCCAUUACCUUGAAAGAAUUUCCUGCUGAAUGGGAAAAAAUUGAAUCGCUGAUCAUGACAUGCAAAGAUUUUGGAAAUGAAAAUUACAUUCUUGAAUGCUUGAACAAUUUCUGUAUUGAAUUUGUUGCUGUCAAAAUGAAGACCACAGAGGGAAGUGCUGUUUUGUCUUCCCUUCCAAUAGUUUUGCGAAAUGCUACUGCUUUUUUCCCAAAAUUGGUACUUGGUCAACCAACCCCAAUCAACAUUGAAGAAAAAAUUGAAGUUAAUCCACAAACAUUAGAAUCAUUAUUUAACGAUAAGAAAACAAGUGAUAUUCAAAUCAAAAUGGGAGAAGACAAGUAUUUAUAUUGUCACAAAACUGUUUUGAGCACCACUAGUACCUUCUUUGCUGCCCUAUUUGAAAGUGGAUCAUCCUUUAGUGAUUUUAAUAAUGGAAUUUUCACACCAGAUGAAUCAGAAGAUUUGGAAUUAUUGGAAAUUAUCAUCAAAUAUUGUUAUGGAAUUUCAUUCGACAAUGAAAAAAUUUCUGGAUUGUUAGACAUGGCAAUGAAACAUGAAAUUAAAUAUUUAGUCGAUUAUUAUUGUAUUAAUUUCACGCUCUCCAUUCAAAAUUACUUUUCCAUUGUAUCAACAUGUGAACAGUAUUUGGAUUUACCUGUAUUUGAAGGAUUUUUCAAAGAAAUUAUUAGAUUUGGAGUUACCAACAAGAAGCAACUCUUUACUGAUUUGAGUGUUCUUUCUAAAUUACCUGAAAAAGUUUGGCAGGUGAUGUUCUUGAAUUGGGCUCAGGAUAAUUGA